AUGGGACCUGUCCUGCACAGCAUCUGUACCACCAUAGUUAUUGCAGAGUUCAUUUUGGGGAAUUUGAGCAAUGGAUUGAUAGUGUUGAAAAACUGCAUAGACUGGGUCAACAAAAGGGAGCUUUCCCCAAAUGACCAAAUCCUCAUUACCUUGGCAAUUUCCAGAAUUACUCUCAUCUGGGAAACACUAUAUAUUUGGGUCAAAACUCAAUCAAUUGCGUUUAUAACCAGAGAAGAAUUAAAAAUAAUUAUGUUAUGCUGUAUACUAUCUAGCCACUUCAGUCUCUGGCUCUCCACAGCCCUCGGCAUCUUUUGUUUAUUCAGGAUAGCUAACUUCUCCUGGCAGAUCUUCCUCUACUGGAAAUGGAGACUUAAAAAACUGAUUGUGGGGGUGAUGCUGGGAAGCUUGGCCUUCUUGCUUGCAAAUCUGAUGCAAACAAGCAUCACUCUUGAAGAGAGGAUCCAUCAAUAUGGAGGAAACACAACGGUGAAUUUUAUGGGUGUGAGAUUUGCUAUGUUUUCAGAGCUGAUCUUAUUUAACAUGACUUUAUUCUCUGUAAUACCGUUUUCAUUGGCUUUGAUAUCCUAUCUCCUGCUAAUCUUCUCUUUGUGGAAACAUCUGCAGAAGAUGCAGCUCAGUUCCAGAGGACACAAAGACCCCAGUACCAAGGCACACAUGAAUGCCAUGAAAAUUAUGGUCUCUUUCCUCCUGCUCUAUGCCACUUACUUUCUGUCCCUUCUGAUAGCCUGGAUUGCUGAGAAACAUCAAAGUGAACCAGUUUACAAUAUUUGUGUCAUAACUGGACUCAUGAAUCCUUCAGCUCACUCAUUAGUCCUGAUUUUAGGAAACCCUAAAUUAAAGCAGACAUCUCUUUUGGUACUGAAGCAUCUGGGAUGUAGACUGAAAGUACAUAAUAUCCCAACUACAUGA